CGCACUCGGCCGCCUACCUGAGAGACGUUCCAAAUUCAGGUCUGAGCUUUUCGGGACGGAUAUUGCUUUACUGUCUCGUCUCCGAUCCGUCUUUGGGUUCGACCGGAUUCUCCGGCCGUUGAUUCUGCUGUCUGCGAUUGAGUGAGCUAGCACGAGGCCGGGAACAUGGCGAGUAUUCGAUGCGCGACCACAGAAGAUCUCAUGAACAUGCAGCAUUGCAAUUUGCUUUGUUUGCCCGAGAACUACCAGAUGAAAUACUAUUUCUACCACGGGCUGAGCUGGCCGCAAUUGAGUUACGUUGCCGAAGAUGAGCGGGGCGACAUCGUCGGUUACGUUCUCGCAAAAAUGGAAGAGGAGAACGAGCGUGAUGAUGCAGAACCUCACGGACACAUAACUUCACUCGCGGUGAAAAGAUCUCACAGGCGGUGCGGAUUAGCAAAGAAACUCAUGGACCAGAGCAGCCGCGCAAUGGUUGAAUGUUUCAACGCAAGAUACGUCUCUCUGCACGUACGCAGGAGUAACCGAGCAGCACUGAACCUGUAUCAAAAUACUCUAGGCUUUGCCACCUGCGGUAUCGAGGCCAAGUAUUACGCGGAUGGCGAAGACGCUUUCGCCAUGCAAAGAGACCUCGGUAAAUUCGCCUCAGAACUCAACCUCACGCCUGCCAAUCCAGAAACAUUCAACCAGGUUCGAACGGGCGGCAAGAAGAAAGAAAAUCUAGCGCACGACCAGACUGUCUGAGUGAAUAAAUAACUUAU